ACAAACGUUGAAUUACAUUGACGUACAAAAUGCCACAAUGAUAAUGACAUGAAUAAACGUGUGACAUUUUGCAAUCAACUGUUUACGACUAUAAAAGGUAAAACAAUAACAAUUGAAUAUUAAUUUUAAACCGUAGUUUAUGUACAUACAACACUAGAAAAUGGACGGACAAGAAUUCAAAGAUUCAACCAAAACUGUAUCAGAAAUGAUUGUUGAUUACAUGGAAAAAGUACCAUUUAUGAGUUUAGCAAAUAAAGUAAGACCAGGAUUUCUUGAAAACGAAUUGGAAGAUGAGUGUCCUAGCGAGGGCAGCCAUUUUGUUACGAUCAAGCGAGAUUUCGAACAGAAAAUUUUGAAUGGCAUUUCACAUCGCGUUUCUCCCCAUUUUCACUCAGAUAUUCCGAUGGGCAAUAGCUAUGCAUCAAUGGUAGCCGAAAUAUUGAUUGCUGGAUUAAAUAAUGUGAGUCUCAACUGGGAGGCGAGUCCCGCAGCGACUGAAUUAGAAGUUAUUGUGUUAAACUGGCUGGUAGAGAUGUUAAAUCUUCCGAAAUAUUUUAAAAUUGCAACAGGGAAUUCCGGAGGUGGCGUUUUACAGAAUACUGGAACUGAAUCCAUUUUGUUAUCGCUCUUAUCUGCUAGAACGCGUGCAAUUGACAAUUAUCGGAAUACAAAUGAUAAAGAUAUUAUUACAGACGAUGCUAUCAUAAAAAAUUAGUAUUUUAUUCAUCAAAUCUGGCGAAAACAACGUGUGACCUUGUAAGUAAGAUCACCACUAUUAAAGUUCGCCAUCUUGUCGCGGACGCCGAUGGUAAAAUCAAUGCAUCUACGCUAAAAAUGGCUUUCGAAGAAGAUGUUAGCAAUGAUUUAAUACCAUUAAUGUACGUGUCAUCAAUGGACACUAAUACCUUGAUAUGUUUUGAUGAUCUCGCGCAAAUAGGUCCUAUAUGUCAAAAAUUUAAUGUUUGGUUGCAUAUAGACGCUGAAAACUCUGGAAUGGCAUUGAUUUGCCCUGAAAUGCGUUCGAUAAGCAAAGGAGUCGAGUAUGCUGAUUCAAUUGCAGUUGGUUUGCAUAAUUUAUUAAUGUCACAAGAUGUCGUUGCUUACUGGAUCAAAGAGGGAGUCUAUUUAACUUCUGCAUUGAAUAUGGAUCCGUUAUAUCUUAGACACAAACAUGUCGGCAAUAUUCAUGACUACAUGAAUUGGCAAAUUGGUACUGGACGAAAGUUCAAAGCAUUGAAAGUUUGGAUAACACUGAAAUCAUUCGGAUUGGAAGGGAUGCAAGUUCAGGUUAGGAAACAGAUAAAAAUGGCAAUGAAAAUGGAAGAAUUGGUACAGAAAGAUAAUCGGUUUGAUUUGGUUGCACGUAAUUUAGGAGUAGUUUCAUUUCGAUUAAAAAGUGAACAAGAAAAUGAUUCGCAAAAGUUACUUGAACGAAUUAAUCAAAACGGAAAGAUUUCGUUAGGUUCACGUGAAAAUGAAGCAAAUUUUUGUAUACAGUUUAUUGUCAAUCAAAACAUGACUGACGAAGAUGUUACAUUUGCUUGGGAAGAAAUCAUAGCCCACCUUUAAGGUUAGAAUUUCAAUUUUGCAUUUUACGCUUGUAUUCUUUCAAUCUGAUUGCUUGAAUAUUGAUGAAUCCUGUAGCAUCCUGUGGGCUGAAGUCAUCAUGUUUAUCCAUUGAUACCAAGUUUUCAUUAUAAGUCGAAAAAUUUGAUUUCCGCCCCAACACAAUGACUAAAUUGUUAAAGUAAAUUAUUAAUUAUUAUUAAAAAAACAA